GCUACAGGGUAGGUCGGAUAUAUUCCUAAUUACGUAGCGACCCUUCGUGUUGCGAUUAUGACCCAAUGCUAGGUAUUGAUUCAUAAUUAAUCAGCGUAGGUAAUAUGAAUAUAAUGAAAAAUGUAUACAUUGUCGCCAAUGGGUCAUAGCUGCCACGUAUCACAUAAUGAGCAAUGAGACAUGUUUAAAUGCUAUAUACCGACCCCCAACACGUGAAGAACUAGGACUCCAAUAAAGAAACUUCAUUAACUGUUAGCCCUCAAGGUUUUCCACCAAUGCCCCAACUCGGAGACUUUCCGGGGACAUAAUCCCGGUAGACACAGCCUGCCGGCGUUUAUAAAUUAGACACGAGGAACGGUCGUUAAAUAAUAUGACCCAGAGCAAAGUAGACUUGUUGUGCUAAGAACGUUGCUUAUUAGUACCCAAAGCGUGUAUACUUCUCCUUAUCACUAGCCAUCCGUUGCUCAUCAUGACGAGUGCUGAACAGAAAGAGCUACAGAAGCUAUACGGAAGCUUUGCCGGAGGCCUUACCGAUGAUGACUUGGAGCGGACGAUUGCAGGCUCGGAACGAAUCAUGAGAGGUCCUGCUGGGCUGUUGCUCACACAAGCGGGCCUCGACGAGUCGACAAGCAAGCCUUUCACACUACUCGACAAUGCUUGCGGGACCGGUCCUAUUGUGGCGCACUUGCAGGACCAUAUUGACCGUAAAGUGUUGCUAGAGAGCAAGGUGAUUUGUGCCGACUUCAAUGAAAACCUUGUGAAUAUAUUGAAGAGGCGUGCUACCAAGUAUGGCUGGACAAACGUUGAGGCAGCCGUCGUUGAUGCUCAGCGUUCGGACUUUCUGGAAGAGUCUUUCACUCAUGUAACCCUCAAUUUUGCUAUGCACGUAAUCCCAAAGCCGGAGGCCGUGUUAGCGGACACGAUGCGGAUCCUUAAACCAGGUGGCGUGUUAGCUUUUAGCACCUGGCACAGAGACACUAAGGGAUGGACCCCUGAUAUGAGGUCGUGCUUCAAGGCGCUGCCAUUCGACGCGCCUAUGCCUGACCCGGUACCCAUGGCAAUCCACGGGAAGCUCCAGUGGACGGAUCCGAAGGGUAUAGAGGAGGAACUGAAAGCGUAUGGGUUUGAUAAUGUUCAAGUUAAAACUGUGCCUCAGGUGGUUCGUGUGAAUAGUGCCGAGGACUAUCUCUACAGUUAUAGAAUGAUGAAGGAUUGGAUGGUUAAUACGUACUGGAGCGAAGAGAGUAAGAGAAAAGCGCAAGACAUUUUAGAUGAGCACAUCGUGAAUCAUCUUAAAGAGAAGUAUAAUGGUGAGGGAUGGGAUUUAAGUUGGACAGCGAUUCUAGCUACUUGUCUGAAGCCGGGUUCGCGAAAAGGAGGUCUUGAAUUGUGAGACGAUGGAGUGUUGAUGGUUAGGGUAUGAUUAUGUGUGUGUUUAUUAACGGUAUUAGUAGGUAUGAGAUG